AUGGCGAUCGGAAAGGAAGGCGAGGAUAUAAAAUAUGCGGGGCUGGAGAGGAAGAAAUCGACAAAGAGGUGGAAACAUAAGAUGAGGGCUGGCUCGGUGAUCGAUGGAGAGAGUGGUAAGACAACGCAGGAGGGAAUGGCACCCUUUAAUGAUACCAAUACUACGUUGCCACUGGAGGAAGGAAAUGACCCAGAAGAAAAGCAUGCCACUGCAGAAUCUUCGAAGAACAUACAUGAGAAGGGUCGGCAAUAUUUGGGUAAACAGGGGAAUACACGGGCGCGUUUUGGUGACCGUAAUGACUUCAUCAGACUAUACGUCGGCAAUGUCACAUACAAUCGUCGGACCUUUCACGCCCCGAAAGCCCUUCUUCGUGCCAAAGCCAAAUACUUCGAUGAGAUUUUCACGCGGAAUCCCGAGCUCAGCCAUAUGAAUCUUCCCAAGAAAGAACCAACUUCCUUUGCUUUGUUUCUCGACUGGAUUCAGCUCGGGGUGUACGCACCUUUGGAUAUCGAAGAGGGACCUAUUCCCUUUCGAAGUCGCAUCAUCCUGUAUGGUCUAGGAAUUGAAUACGAACUCCAAGAACUUAUGGAUUAUACCAUGACCGUUCUCAUCACAAAUUGUGCAAUGCAUGAUGAAUUGACGUUCGACGAAAAGUACGCCCAUCUGAUUUAUGUGGAUACGGAUGAUGGGUCCAAACUUCGUUCAUUCGUAUCACACUCAUUGGCAAAUAGCCUUUUGGUUAUGAGAGAUUUUUCAAAGAAACAGGCCUGGAUGAUGAAAUCUGGUCAUCCGGAAUUGUGGAAGGAUGUAUCAAAUUGGAUGGAUGUUAUUAGAAAAGGGAGCUUCGUGCCUCCGUCCGUUCCUUUUUCAUCUCCUAAACCUGUAGCACCUUCAAAGUGUAUUUUUCAUGUUCAUGAUGUAGGAGCGGCAUGUGCAUUCACGGGUGAUAUACUCUAA